ACAACUCACCCACCCAGUCAAAACUCGCCAACUCGCCCUUAUUUAUAUACUCACCAACUCCCUCCCUCUGUUUUACUUUGACUGAAGAUUCAUUUCUUUUUUUCUUUUAGGGUUAAUUAGUUUUAGUGAAGGAAAAAAUAAAUCUAGAUCAUGUUUUUGUUCGAUUGGUUCUAUGGGAUUCUUGCUUCCCUCGGUCUAUGGCAUAAAGAGGCCAAGAUCUUGUUUUUAGGGCUUGAUAAUGCUGGCAAAACCACGCUCCUUCACAUGCUCAAAGAUGAGAGAUUAGUUCAGCAUCAGCCAACACAGCAUCCCACAUCAGAGGAAUUGAGCAUUGGGAAAAUCAAGUUUAAAGCUUUUGAUUUGGGAGGCCAUCAGAUUGCUCGAAGAGUUUGGAAAGAUUACUACGCCAAGGUGGAUGCAGUUGUUUACCUGGUAGAUGCUUACGACAAGGAGAGGUUUGCUGAGUCAAAAAAGGAGUUGGAUGCUCUCCUCUCUGAUGAAUCUUUGGCUAAUGUUCCAUUCUUGAUAUUGGGUAACAAGAUCGAUAUACCAUAUGCUGCCUCAGAAGAUGAGUUGCGUUAUCACCUUGGCCUGACCAAUUUCACCACAGGCAAGGGUAAGGUCAAUUUGGGAGACUCCAAUGUUCGUCCCCUCGAGGUAUUCAUGUGUAGCAUUGUCCGAAAAAUGGGUUAUGGAGAUGGUUUCAAGUGGGUUUCUCAGUACAUUAAGUAGGUAGCUAAAGAGAAAUCAGACAUGCUAUGCUUUCUUUCUUAAUGUUAUUUUUAUACUGGAUUUAGUUGGGUUAUCCCUUUUCACUUUUUCUUCCAUUUUUGUUUGAAUUGGUAAACAUACCUCCCCUCUACGAAACAAUGAGACAUAUAAGUAAUUGAUGAUUUGGGUUAAUUUAGAGGGUGCCCCUUUCAUUUUUUCUUC